UUCCCACAAUACUAUGACAAAUACCAUGAGCAAGCAGCUGUCUCUGCUCUGCCUAGCUCGCACGGAGUUAGCAUUCCCAUGAUACUAUGACAAACACCAUGAGCAAGCAGGUCUGUCUACUCUGCCUAGCUAGGGAUCGUCCUGGUGCUCGUCUUGCAUUGUUCUCGUGGUUCUGUGCCACCCCCGAACUAAAUUAGCUGCUCCUGAUUAGGCAAUGUAUCGGUUUUUCCCUUGAGCGCUUCUUUAUUUAAUUCUAUUGUAAGAGAGAACUUAUUAAAGCAGCCCCACCCUUCCGAGGGAUGAGUGUUUGCUUCCCUGUCUACAGAGAAGCAUCUGUCCAGAGCCAAAACGUGCACCGAAGGGUCCAUCUCGUUCCACCUGCCCCAGGCCUCCUGUCUGUGCUCCUGCCGGGGCAGUCGCAGCAGCAGAAUUGUGGGCCGUGUGUUAUCAGCCACGAGAGCAGAGCGGCUUCCUGCAAAUUCUCCCUCCAGACCCAUGCCUGGGAGCUGCUUACAGAAUGCUGUGUCCCUUCCUGCCUGCAGGAUGGGGGCCAUGAAGCCAGCGCUGGCCUUGCUGUCCCUGGCCUACCUACUGCACACAGCCGCCACCCUGAAAAUUUGCGCUUUCAACAUCAAGAGCUUUGGAGACAGCAAGCUGUCUGACGAGACCACUGCAGGCAUCAUCGUGAAAAUCCUGUCACGGUACGACAUCGCCCUGGUGCAGGAGGUGCGGGACGCCGAUCUCAGUGCCGUGACCAGCCUCCUGGACCAGCUCAACAGUGCAUCGAAGCAUCAGUACAGCUAUGAGAUCAGCGAGCCCCUGGGUCGGGAGAACUACAUGGAGAUGUACCUCUUCAUCUACAGGACGCAGGUGGUGUCUGUAGUGGCCACGUACCAGUACCCAGACCCAAGCAACACCUUCAGUCGGGAGCCCUUCAUCGUGAAGUUCUCGUCCCCCAACUCAAAGGUGCAGGAGUUUGUGCUGGUGCCCCUGCAUACACCCCCCAGCGAGGCUGUGGCAGAGAUCGACGCCCUCUAUGAUGUCUACUUAGAUGUCAUCGACAAGUGGGGGACUGACAAUAUCAUGUUCCUGGGAGACUUCAACGCCGACUGCUCCUACGUCAAGAAAGGGGACUGGGGGUCCAUCCGUCUGCGCACCAGCGAGGUGUUCGAGUGGCUCAUCCCUGACAGUGCAGACACCACCGUUGGGAAGUCAGACUGCGCCUACGACAGGAUUGUGGUGUGUGGCUCCAAGCUGAAGAAAAGCAUCAAGCCCAAGUCUGCUGCUGUCUAUAAUUUCCAACACACUUUCAAACUGGAGGAUGCCGAGGCCCUGGCUGUCAGCGACCAUUUCCCCGUGGAGGUGAUGCUGAAGGCUCACUGAAGCUCCAGGCUGCCUUCACCAGCACCUGCUCAGAAUCCUCUCUCUGCAGCAGUGGAGCCUGGCUGCCCAGCCCCACCAACUGUAACUAUCAGCCCAAAAGGACCCUCAGCACCAGCAUUUGCCAUCCCUUCAGGACAACUGCAUUGGCUGAACCAGCCCUCCUCGUGCAGUCAGGGUUUAAGUCAAUGCCAUGUUAGCAAAAGAUGCCGGCGUGGCAGCCCUGAUGCCUGAUGUCCUUACCCACAGGACAGCCAGCACAAGCAGCUGGCAGGCCCAUCUGCCACCCAUCAUAGCCUGGCUCUGCAGCAGCCCAGUUGUAAGCAGGGUUCAAUCUACCAGGCCCAUUCAGCCCUCAGCAGCACCCUCCAUCUAUCAGAGCACAAUGACCUUCAGCUACUAUGAACCUGGGCUGGACUCCAACUGCAGCCUGAUUUCCAAGCAAUACUUGCCUGGAAGGAUGCACUUGGUCCCAGGGUUUCCUUAUCCAAAAUUACUGUAUGCGUAAACACUGUAACUUGUGGCCUCAGGUGAAGGGAAACAACCCCUUUGCCUGUAGCCGCCUGGCUCUUACAGUCACACUCCCCAGCCUGGAGGAGCUGUAACCUUUAGUUAGUGCCCAGUAGGGACAGACAAGCCCAUGUGGAAAACAAAGCGUCCCUCUCUCAAUUGGCCUCCUUUCAAGACAUUUUAUUGUCAAUUCACAUUUUUAACAUUCACGCUUUUCGGAAGGCAAAUAUCUGAGCGCCAGGAGGCCCCAGCCAUGCCAGCAGAUGAUGUUUCACAGUAGCAACGGGCUGACCACUCUAUUUAUUUGGAUCAUCCAAUCAAACAUUUCCUGCAGCCCUUCAGGAAGAAGGCAUCAGUAUUAGGCACCAUAAGACAAGGCACUAGCGUGAGAGGGCUAGAAACAGGAGGCUAAGGUGACAGCCAAGACAAAUCGGAUUGAUUACACUGAAAAAUAUUUCAUUUUAAAAAUCUAAAGCUAUUGCAGGGUGUUCAGAGGUUGGCAUAUGGCUCUUCAGUCUUCUAGGCCAGUGACCCCAUGUGGGGGCAGGCCGCUUCCUCAGCCUCUCCUCUGCUUUAGCAUCUCCAUGUACAUAUGGAGAGACUUUUGAAUGGCGUCUUUUGAGAUGAAGCUGACAAAGUUCUGAAUGUCAGAUUCGCGGUGGGCGAGCAGACGGUCCACAGUCGGCUUCCUCAUCAUGGACUUGGUGAUCUGACGGGCGUGGUCUGUGGAGUAGAGAGAGACAGCAUGUUGGCUGCGCAGGGUCAGUGUACAUUACAGCCAGAGGUCCCAGCAGUAGGACCACGGGUGUAAUUACCAUCCUGGGGAAAAGAAUACUGGGUCCUAACGCACUCUUGAUUCUAACAUGGAGCGACAGACCAAGAACCAAGAGCUGGAAGCUGAAGCCAGACAAAGGCAAAUUGGAAACAAGGCACAAAUCUUUAAUAGUGAGGGUGAUUAACCACCACAGCAACCUCCCAAGGGAAGUGGUGGACACUCCAUCUCUUGGUGUCCCCAAAGCCGGACUGGACUCCUUUCUGGAAGAUGCUUCUGUCAAACACAUGUGAUGGACUCAGUGCAGGGAUAACCAAGUGAACUUCUCUGGGCUGCUGUACAGGAGAUCAAACUAGAAGAUCACAGUGGUCCCUUCUGGCCUUAAAAAUCAAUGCCCUUUGUCGACACAAGUGAUACCACCAUGAACAAAUGUUAACUGCCCCAUCCCCUGGGGCAUGUCCUCUGAAUCAGCUCCCAGAACAGCACAAUAAAGCCAGUUUCCCAGCUGGUGACACUCAGCAUUGCUCCAUGGACUUCAUGGAAUCUGCACCAGUGUACACCAGCUGCGUGAGGACACGGCCCUGCAUUCCAAACACAGAGAAUGUCAUUAUGUAUUAAGGAGGUCCAUCCCCACCACACUAUGGACACUCUCCAUGCACCUCACUUCCAGGACAGCCUGGGCCUUGCAUUAGCCACUGCUGCACUCACUGUGAGAGCCUUGGCGGACAGGUGCUAUUAUGAACAUAAGUCGUUCCAGUCACAGAAACUCUCCUGAAGCCUAUCCUAGACCACAGACAUUCUCCACGACAUGACCAGCCACAUCCCCAUCAGGAGAGAUCCUUGGGAGCAUGGCCAAGGAGCCCUCCAGUGGGGAAUCUCUGGCUCAGACACGCGGCAAAGGGAAGAGUAAGCUCUCAAGUGGGGAACAGAUCAACGAAAGUUAGAGAGCAUGAAAAGCUUGUCUGCCACCAGUUGCAUAAACCAAACCCCGCAGCAGGGUCCGGAUGGCAGCCCACCAC